AUGGCUGACAUAUUCGAUUCUGAGCCAUCUGAAGCAUCAGAUCUUUCGGAAGAAAAUGUGAAUUCUAAAGCCGCUUUGAAGAAAAGAUCAGGAAUUUCUUCAUCUGAUUCAAGCGACAGUGAGGAAGAAGAUAUCCCCAACGAAGAAGAAAUUUGCCGCAAGGAAGGCGAAGGCUGGUUGGUCGAUGAAGCUGAAGAGGAGGAUGAAGGCGAAGAAAGUGAAAGUUCAAGUAAUGGGAGUGAUGCGGACUCUAAGGAAAGAGAAGACAAUAAAGAUGAAGAUGACGAUGAUUUGCUCGACGAAGAUGAUUACGAUCUGAUUGAGGAGAACGUCGGUAAAAAACGGAAGCACCGAUUAGUCGUUGAUGAUGACGAGGAUGAUGAAGAAGAAGGGCCUAGCCGUCUAUCUAAAAAGGUUCGACGUACUGACGACGAAAGUAGAACUCGUGAGGCAAUUGCCCAGGAGUUGUUUAAAGAGUACAGUGAUGAAGAAGGUACUGGUGCUCGUAGAAGGCGUGGAGGCGACGUCAGUGAUCGUCAUGUUGGUGUUGUUGGUAAAGAUGUCGGUUCGGCAAAAGCCUUAAAUCUGGAGGUUGGAGAUGAUGAAGACGAAGAAGAGGAUGAAGAAGAUGACCUAGGUGAUUUCAUUGUUGAUGAUCGGCGGACAGAUGCUCUUCGACGUCCACAGAAAAAAAACUUGCUCCACAAAGAUGCAGCCUUGCAGCAGGCACAAGAUAUUUUUGGUGUUGAUUUUGAUCCAGAAGAAUUUGAGCGUUUCCGUCGCGGAGAGGAUCAGGAUUUUGAUGACGAGGCAUACGAAGAGGAUUUUGAAGAAGACGAGAAAUCGGCAAAGCGAAAAGGCAAAGCGCGCGCAGGUAGAGUUAAUUUGCGCCAACGAAAAGGUUCAGUAGAUGAGCAGCGGGUGUAUGAAUUAUUUGAUCCAAGCGACUUGGAAAGAGCAUUUUAUGGUCAAAUUGAUGAACGCAUAAGAAAAACGGAUAUUCCUGAGCGUUUUCAGCUCCGUCGCGUUCCUUUGAGGCAUAUUGAUCCAGGUUCGCCCAGCUACUCAACAAAUCUACGCGAAUUGGUUGAUGAGGCAGAUUGGAUAUAUAAAAGUACUUUUAAAAGCGAACCAGAUAAUAAGCCCCCUUCUGCAAUUCCUAAGAUACACAAGGCUCUUCAACUGAUGCGAGAAAAUUUAUACGAGGUUCCCUUUAUCGCCUUCUAUCGGAAAGAAUGCGUAGAGCGUGAGCUAACCAUUGCCGACCUUUGGCGAAUUUAUGAGUGGGACGAACGCUGGGAGAUCCUGCAACGCCACAAACGUGGAAUGACAGGUCUUCUUCAGCGUCUAGUUGACUACUUUGAGACUGUUGCUAAUUCUCCUGCGCCGGUAGUCAUCGAGUGUGCCGAGGAGAGUUUUUCUGAGGCAGAACCGGUUUUACUGGCGGAUUAUGAUUUGGAUGACAAUCAUGAGACUACCUCUUUAGAAAAGGAUGAUAAUAAUUUAAAACCGGAAAACUCAAUCGACCUUGAGAUCGUGAAGGAAGCCAAACAGACUGAGUUUGCAAACAAGCAUGCUUCUUGGGUUUUACGAAAACGUUGUUGGGAUGAAACCCGGACCGCAAAAGUGGAGAAGCAGCGACGAUCGGUCGAGAUACAUAUCGAGGCGGCAGCUCUGGCAAAACGGCAUAUAUCUUCGUUGCUUAAACUGAUAUCGUUGUAG